AUUAGGGUCCGGCUCUGAUCGCUCUGAUUUAAGGUUGGCGGAGAGCGCAACAAAACAUCGUCCAUCUCAUCAACUUCCUCAACUUCAUCAACUUCCUCAACUCCUGCUUCUUUGAUAUUGCUGCAUUCACUCUGCUGUAACUUCAGUAAAUACACAAUCUUGCUCUGCUGCAGCCUCGGCUUAGACUCACUCACACCCCGUCUGCUCGCCUGCUCGCCCUCGCUCGCUAUAAUGGCUCCUCGAUAAGAUCCGCAUCUCCUAUUGUUCUCAGCACCAGAUCCUCACUCAACACCUCCUACCUUCACACUUUUUGAGUCACGAGUCAAGAGGAUGGCCCAGCCGCGAGUAUCGGCCCCCGUGCUCGUCGCCGGCGCGCUGAUCUCUCUCUCCCUCGGCGCCUUCAUCCGCACCCACUACACCGCGCAGAUUGCCUUCCAAUCCUUCAUCCUCGGUCUCUUCACAUGCUCGCUCCUCUCGCUCGCCGCCGUCGGCUACUUCUACAAACACUCCUCUCCCCGGACAGAGUCGCUGCGCAAGUACCGCCGCGUGCGCUUCCCUCCCUACGCGUUCAUCAUGCCGGGCCGGCUUGAGAAAGAGCUCGACCUCUUACUCGCCGACCUGCCCACCCGCACGCCGCUCUACCCCCCCUCCUUCGUCAUCUCGAGCUCCCUCGACCUCAUCAUCGAGUACAUCGUCCGCGACUUUAUCCUCUCCUGGUACGCCCAGGUCUCGACCGACUCCUCGUUCCCGACCCAGGUCGACAACACCAUCCGCGCCGCCAUCGAGCAGAUCCGCGACCGGCUCCUCAAAGUCGACCUCGUCGACUUCACAAUGCAAAAGAUCGUGCCGAUCCUCACCCGCCACAUCGCCGACUUCGCCGCGGCCGAAACCGCGCUCCGCGGAAAAAACCUCAAUAAGCAAUUCACCGAGUCCCGCGAGCUCGACAUCGCGCUCGCGUCAAAGUACAAUAACGGCAAACUCCACCCCGCCGCCUCGAUCCGCUCGCCUGACCCGGCGAUGGUCGAAAAGGAAUGGAUCAAGCACCUCGUCGGCUCCAUCCUGCCCUCCAUCCUGCCCGAGCGCGAAGCGCAAUCCCGCUCCGUCUUCAUCCUCGUCCAGGAAAUCGUCACCGGCGCAGUCAUCUUCCCCAUCAUCUCCAUGCUCGAAGAACCAGAUACCUGGAACCAGCUCAUCGAGCGAUUCGCCAGCUCGACCCUGCAGGACCGCAAGGCCGUCCAGCGUCUCCGCGCCGCGCUCGAUAAGCACGCGAACCCGGCGGUUGCGAAGAAUCAGCAGCCGAUCGUCAGGUUGACUGCAAAGUCGGACGAGCGCACGUAUGAGAAAUUCGUGCGCGGUCUGAGGCGGUGUACUUUGCUUUCGGAAGCGAGACGGCUGCGGUAUGAUAUCACGAUCCAGCUCAAGCGGGCUAUGAAGGACGGCAAUGACGAUUUAUAUAUCCGACGACUGAAGAACGCGCGCCGGUUAAUUGAUGAGAAAAUCGCAGACCUCUCGAACGAGACCUCGACCCCUUCAAAACGAAAAGGACGAACACCGGGGUCGCCGGGCACGCCUGGAAAUCAAUCACUAAACGACCCCAGAGAAAACUACACAGUACAGCAAAUCCUCAAUACCUCGGCGGGAUUAUCAUAUUUCAUGGAGUACAUGGAUCGACAGCACCGAACCGGGCUAUUACAAUUCUACCUCGUCGUCGACGGAUUCAAGAAUCCGCUUGAGGAAGACGACGACGACGAUGACGACGCGCAGGACUUGGCGGUGUCGUCGUCUGAGACGUUCAGUGAGUCGGAUAGGGAGGAUAUCAGUCAGAUCCGCGACUCGUAUUUCUCAGACCAACUCCUGCAGAUCGACCAAAAGUAUAAAGACGAUAUCGAGCGGUUUCUGAGUAACCCGUCCGCGACCGCGGCAGACUACCAAAAAGCGCGUAGGGCAAUCAUGCGCGCACAAAAGCAUGUUUAUGAUAUUCUGGAAGAAGAAGAUCUGCCAAACUUCAAGCGGUCCGAUAUAUUCCUCAAAUACCUCACCUCGACCGAUCCCGAGACCGAAAACCCAAAGGGCACGGUGGACGACUACCACGUCGGCUUACUCGAUGAGAGCAUGACGGACGAGCCGCCGGGUACCACGGCCGAGAAUUUGACCGUCGAUCCGGAGUACAUGGCUGUCGAUCGGCGGAGUCUGGACUAUGACCGCGACGGACUGUCGAUCUCGGUCGAGCCUGAAGACGAUGUCGUGCAGGCCGUGCAGGCGGCGUUUGACGAUAUCAUGCAGUCGCGGCCGGCGACGAACGCGGGUGCGACGGCGGUGGCCUCGGCGGCGACCGCGGAUGAUGCUAGUAGUAGUCGGUCCGGCGACUCGUCUCAUCGGAAACCGCCCUCGACUAUCAACGAGGAUUACGCAAUCUACACUCAUCAGGGAAGUGGCGGCGGCGGUGCGUCGAUCAACGAAUCCCCAAGAUCCUCGAUCGAGUCCUCGCGUCCGGGAACCAGCAACGCGCUCGAACCGGUCGACACAACAGCCACAACAUCCACGAAGCCAUCGUCUGAUUUACGCUCGGACCUGUUUGGUUCAUCAACUGCCGACAACGAAAACAACAUCUUCCCGUCCGAGAGCGCGUUGUUUGAAGAGACCGCGCGCGAGAUCUUCUCGGACGACAGUUUCUCGUCCGAGGACGAGAUGGACGCGGGCGACGCGGGCGAACUGGCUGCUGCCGAUUCGGCGUCGAUCCACCGCGCGGACCCGGGCGACCUGGGACUUACGGAGACGAUCCAGCGGAUUUCUGAUGAUAUCAACAAGCUGAUGAACCAGGACGCGGUGCUGGAGACGUUGCUGAAGAAAGCUGAGCUGACGAAUAAUCUCGCGGAUCUGCGGAUUCUGAAGAAGUCAAAGGCGAGUGUGGAGCGCGAGAUUAAGCGGAAGGAGUUGCAGCGGCAGCAGUAUAUUGUCCAGGAGAGCGAUAAUGGGUUAUAUGGGCGAUCGAAUGUCUGGAUAAACUCUGCGGUGACUGGUUCAGACAACGGACGCGCCUACGCACUGUACAUAAUUGAGGUCCAGAGAUUCGAAUACGACGGUUCGGUAUCGGCGCGAUGGAUAGUCGCCCGCCGGUACAGUGAGUUCUUUCAACUUCACCAGCACCUACGCCGGCGGUUCCCACAAGUGAACGAGAUCGACUUCCCAAAGAAAGCGGUGUCGGUUCUCAAAUUCCAGAAAUCGUUCAUCGAGGCCCGCAAGGCCGGUCUCGAGAUCUACCUGCGCGCGCUGCUGCAGAUCCCCGAGGUGUGCCACAGCCGCGAGUUCCGCUCGUUCCUGUCGUCGCAGGAGUUUCACGGCUACCACCCUUCUUCUGCUUCCGCCAGCGAAGGCGCAGGGGGCGAGGCGGAGAGCAUGUCUGCUGCGACGGCGGCGGCGGUAGCGGCGGCGGAAGCGGCGAAUAAGCAGAAAGGAGGGCGCACGAGCAGGUCCGGGCAGUCUGCGGACAUUGUCGCGCGGCUGUACGGGACUUUGUCGGACGGGAUGGAGGAUAUAUUUGGGAACUUCAUUGUCGAUUACGCGACGCAUAUUCCGGGCGCGACUACGGUUUACAACGCAGCCGUGCGGCCUAGAGGGUCGGUUGCUGCCGGCAGCAGCGGAGGCGUGAACGGCAGCCAGGCGAAAUCUGAGAUCAAGCACCGGCGGACAGGGAGUACGGGCAACAUGAGCGUGAUGACGCAGAAAAGCGGCGUAUCCACCGCCGAGACACUGGUCUACAGUCCCGAGCUCCAGUCGCGACGGCAGUUCGGGGGCAAGGGCGCCGCGGCCGCGUCCGCAGCGGGCACGUCGACGGAACGCAAGGAUAUAGCGGAGGUGGAGGCCGAGCUUAAUCUGUUUGAGGAGGCGACGAAUAGCAAGGGCGGCGAAGCGCCGUUUAUCAAGCCGAUCUGCGAUUUGUUCUUGGAGCUGUUUGAUUUGAAUAAGGGAAACAAUUGGAUCCGCGGACGGGCAAGUGUUGUGGUGCUGCAGCAGUUGCUUGGGGGUACUAUUGAAAGGAAAAUACGAGAGCAGAUUGAUAAUCUGGUUGAGGAAAACAUGGUGAUCAAUCUGCUAAACAUCAUCCGCGACAAAGUCUGGCCGAACGGCCGGCGAGGCGAGCCCGGCGUUGCGCGGAGCGCGAAAGAGCAAGCCAAGACGAGCAGCGAGGCCGCGUUUCUGCUGACGACGCUGGUGCAGGACAUGGCAGCCAAGGUGGUUGGGUCGACGAACGCGAAGCAUGCGUCGCGGAGACUGUUUGCGAUGCUGCAGAACAAGAUCUUGAAUCUGCAUGUGAUCUGUCUGGUUGUGGAUGAGAUCGUGGAGGAGUUGUUUCCCGAGGUCAGGGAGAGGACUGGGUAUAAGAGCAUGGCUGUUUAGAUAGUAAUCCAUGCAUUGUCCAUUGUUGUUCAUGAUGUAGUUGAAGUAGAGACGUAGUUGCUCCUCGGUGAGCCAGCAGAGUUUCGACGCCGCACGGCAUGACCUCUGCUUUGUUAGCUGAGCCAGCGUCGAUAUCUCCAUCGGAUCCUUCUCUGUUCAACUUCACGAGAGAGAAACAACAAGACAGAGAGUCUUUAUUCUAAUCAGCUAUUCUUCUGAGGUCGAUUGACUCCUUGCUGCAUUGGACGACGCUCGCACAUUUGCUUGCCCGGCCCUCGCCGUGAAUCACCACCCUCCUCCUCCUCCUCUGGCCAGCCAUGGCUUCACACCAGGAACCAGAGAUGGCUCUCCAGCCUGCGUUUGAAGUCUCUUCCUCGGCGUCCACACGGCCGCCGUCACAGCCGACUGC